GGGGGUCGUCAGUGCAGUCAGUUGAUCACACGCGGCCACAUUCUUCAGCACCGCGAGGUCCAACGUGAGCGGCGGUCCAUCCCGCCUCUGCGGCCAAACGACACACAAGCACCCAGCGGGGCACCGCGGGCACCGAGUCCGCACACGGACACAAGCGAAAGGACGCGCGCAACACCGACAGCACACCGGGGACCAUGGAGAGCUCAGUCAACGGCUCGGACGCGGACUACCGCAUUCAGCUCCCCGGGCUUUACAACAACAACAGCAGCAGCUUCUGCCGGAACUUCACCGACGGCAACAACACCGCGAGCUACGAGGCGCGAUGCGACGGGGACCGCGGACUGACCGGCAGCCUGGAAGACGACGCGAACCCGGUCAUCAUAGCCAUUAUCAUCACCGCUCUCUACUCCAUAGUGUGCGUGGUGGGGCUGGUUGGAAACGUGCUCGUUAUGUACAUCAUAGUCAGGUACACUAAAAUGAAGACCGCCACCAACAUCUACAUCUUCAACCUCGCCCUGGCUGAUGCUUUGGUCACCAGCACGCUGCCAUUCCAGAGUGUCAACUACCUGAUGGGGACCUGGCCAUUCGGGGACGCACUGUGCAAGAUGGUCAUGUCCAUCGACUACUACAACAUGUUCACCUCUAUCUUCACGCUCACCACCAUGAGCGUCGACCGCUACGUCGCAGUGUGCCACCCGGUCAAAGCGCUGGACUUCAGGACGCCUCAUAACGCCAAGAUCGUCAACGUCUGCAACUGGAUUCUCUCCUCAGCCAUCGGGCUGCCCGUCAUGUUCAUGGCCUCCACCGCCGUCACUCCCAACAGCAUUGUGGACUGCAAGCUGAUUUUCCCCCACCCCUCCUGGUACUGGGACAUCCUGCUGAAGAUCUGCGUGUUCAUCUUUGCCUUCAUCAUGCCCGUCCUCAUCAUCACCGUGUGCUACGGCCUCAUGAUCCUGCGGCUCAAGAGUGUGCGCAUGCUCUCGGGCUCCCAGGAGAAGGACAGGAACCUGCGUCGGAUCACCCGCAUGGUUCUGGUCGUGGUUGCCGUCUUCAUUAUUUGCUGGACGCCUAUCCACAUCUUUGUCAUCAUCACAGCUCUGGUCAAUAUCCCCAGCUCCACACUGCAGACUAUCACCUGGCACUUCUGUAUCGCCCUGGGCUACACCAACAGUAGUCUUAACCCGGUUCUCUAUGGCUACCUGGAUGAGAACUUCAAGCGUUGUUUCCGUGAGUUCUGCACCCCCAGUCCCUCGGUGCUGGAGAUGCAGAACUCGUCCCGGACCGGAAUCACUAUCCGCAAGCUCCCACAGCGCGAACACCACACUGCAAACACAGGAGAAAGGUCCAAUCAGCAGGUAUGACUAACCUUGGAGGGGUCGUCGGUGGACUCUCGCUUUUGUGGCAGCGUUGCCAACGACGAUCCCAACUCAGAAAUCACACAGGUCACCACAGGGCUCUGACCACGCGCACACACACACACACACACACACACACACACACACACACACGUGUACACAUCAACAAUCCAGGGCAUGUCUGGGACUCAACAGCACAGACCAUUUGAUGAUGUGUUGCAAGCUUAACUUGCCAGCAUCAGAUGAAGCCAUUAACCUGCCGACCUGUUUGACUUUCACUAACCGCAUGGCUGUGCAAGGCUUUUACUCUUUCUGAAAUGUAUACAGGCUAGACUGAAAAGUAAACCAAGCAUCUUUACCAUGCCUUGGCUUCCUAAAUGAAGCAGUUGUUGCACUAAUUUGUGCAUUAAUGCUGUUAUAACUUAAUUAUUGCUAUCAUUAGAGUGACAAUAAAGACUGUGUAGACUGAAUAUGUGCAACAAAGAAAGACAGAUGUAUUCAGAUCUACGAAAGCCAUUUACACAAGACACUGACGCAAUUUUGUUUUGUUCUCUUUGCCGUGUGCAAAGCUGCCUCAUUGAUCUACGCUUCCUGUCCGAUUGCUCAUCUUAUUGCUAAGUCUCCUGGGUUUAAAAACGAUCAAUUGUCCUUCGUAGAGUUCAUGUGACUUAAUGCCAAUCUGUCACUUUUCAUCAUGAUGUUUUUCUACAGUUUAAGAUUGUGGGAAAUGUGGAUUUAUGGCAGUUACUGGCAGGUAAUCUGAUUUUGGGCUUUGCAUCAUUUAUAAUCCCGCUUCUUUCUUCAUCAUUCAUCCUUUCCUUUCCUUUCUUACUUUUGUUCUGUUGGACUGAAUUAUUGAGUAGACAUACAGCAGAGCACUGUGUGUUCUCUCUGCUUAAUCUGACAAACUUCUGAAUGUAAAGAAGGAAAACCAGCCGUGUUUAUCACACUGGAUCCUUAUACUGAACCGUGGAUCCUCGAAACCUGCAAGGAAGGCGUGUUUGCACAGAGCACAGAGCAUGCUAUUGUUGCAUACAGUGUGAACAUAUGGUACUAUCUGUGUAUGAUUAACUACAAUUUAACAGCCGUUACACGAGGUAUGGGCUGAAAUGGAGUCACAUGUGAGCCAAGCCGGAUUGUACAUCUGUUGUUAUCUUUUAGAAAUGCUUGUGCUUAACGUGUUGUGCUGUAUGCUAUACUUGCCAGUUGCCUUUACAGUAGCUGUACUUGAUAUCCCGUGUACCAGUAUUUUUUUUUUUUUUUUAGCAAUCUGUAAAGAUAAACAUGACUGUGUUAAUCUAACAUGUAAAAUAGUGUUUUUUUGUUUUGUUUUUUUUUUACAACCAUGAAAUUUGCCUGAAAAUGAAUUGCGGUGAUGAUGGUGGAACAGCAAGUUAUUGUGCUUCUAGAUAUAACUUUCAUCAUACUGAAUCUGCCUUGUUAACUAAAGAAAUGUAUAUUAAUCUGAAAAAAAUGAGUGUAAAACCUUAACCAUGUAACUGUUUAACCUUAUGGGCUGUUUCAUGUGUAAUUUGUGUUGACUGAAAACUUAUGUGUGACUAUGUCAUGCUGUACAUAAUGUCAGUGUUUUUAUUUCCCGUCUUUCAGGCCACCAGCUAUACCACAACAGAAAUUUUUUUUUUUUUGACAGUUUGACUUGUAUGAGGGACUGAGUGUCAUGUUACGUGGGUUAUUUCGUGCUCAAAGUGUUUAAUGUGCAACAAAAUGGUAUGUUUCAGCUUGCGCAAUGUGACCAAAACAAAUGUUUAUGAGCUAAAUGUCACCUUUUUUGUGCUAUGUAAUGCAUUUCAGGCCAUUAAAGAUGAGAGAUUGUCACUUAACAAACAAGAAGGUUAUUUCCUCACCACUUUUAUGUGAGCACACUGAAAUGUCCUAAAUGCAGAUUAAGUGUCUUGGAAACCCUUAAGUGCCCAUAGCUAUGAGCGUGAAUGAGCCAUCAUUAGCAUGUCAGGUUACCUAACCUUCUACAGAAACAGCCAAUCUUCAUGUCCAAGUCCAAGCAGUGGACUGAAUUGGAUUUGGACUUGAACGCCAACGCCAAUGUUACCUGAGACAGCAUUAUAUUUGCCAAACACAUUGGUUAGUCCUCAUCUUAAAAGCUCUUUCAACAUUAAAGGUGAAAUUAAUACUGUUUAAAACAACAAAGCACCUCGUAACUAAGCAGUUUAAUGUUAAAAGUUAUGUUAGGUAUGAACCAUCCGAUCUUAUAUUUUUACUGAGCAUACAAAAUUAUACUACCAGCUAAUUAUGCCUCAAGAGAACCGUUCUUUUUCUUCACCUCCAUGGAUAAUAAACUGGUGAGGAUGCUAAGGAGAGCUGGGGCUUCAUUUUCCGUCUUUUAGCACAGUAUUCAUAUUGCCAUGCCACCAUACCAGAUGCUCGUUCUAGAAUGAGUCAGCCGGAAACAUUGAAAGGUCAGCCAGAAACAAAUGUUUUCAGCCAACUCACGGAGCUAACAUUAGCAUAGUCUGGUAGGUAGCUACAGCUGCCAAAUCACCAGUCACCGCUAGAUAUAAGAAGUUUACUGCUGUCUGCAUGGAAGUGUCUGAAAAGCAGGAUUUGUUGUUUAAAUAGUGAACAAGAUUUAAAGUUUACCAGGAAAACUAAUAUCAACCAAACACACACUGUCUGGCACAAAGGGUGACAUUUCGCAUUAAAGUAACGUGAGUCAAGACCUCUUAAACCAAAACCAAGUCUUGACCAAGACCAGAUAGAGACCGAGGAAAAGACCAAGACUUUAAAGUCCCACACUGCCUGACCCACUUAUGAUAAAAUGUGGGACACGCAAAACAUAAGAUCCAUAUUCCCAGAAAGACACCCAUAGAAAGCAAAUAAAGCAUUUGGACACUUUCACAAUAUGGAUAUUCUAUACUGUAUGUGCAUAUGUAUAAAUGUAAAAAGAAAUGAAAUGUCUUGAUAAAAUGAUUUAAAAUAGCAUGAAGAUCAUAAAAGGGAAUUUUCCUUUGUUUUCUAUGAACAAACAAACAAACACUAAGGAGCUGAAAUCACUUUUAUUCAACAAUCCUUUUCCAGGUUUUAAUAUCCAUGUAACACAAUACAAUAUUUUUUGUCCAACCAUUAGGGUUUCAGGGUAACUCUUGUCUUGCCCUAGAAAACAUUACAAGUACAGGAUGUAUCAAACGAUCAUUCAACGCAGUGAUAUCCCCGCAGUUGUGGUCCUGAAAUUUAAUCCCGAGUCAUUUUUGUCUGAGAUCGAGACAAGACCAAGUAAAAAUGCGGUCAGUUCUGAGACCGAGUCCCUCUAAUGAGACCCGCUAAUGUGGGCUACCUACAGACACAUUUCGCAAUAUUUGGUGCAUCAUGCCGGAUAUAGUCAUGAGGGUAAAUUCAAAUAAAAUUAAUAUGAUGAUCUUUACAUAAUGGCUUUUUAAUAUCACUUGCUUGUUUGCACGACCCAAUCAUGACUCAACUUGUAUUCUGUUCUUGAAGUUUCUUGUCCUGUACAAACGGUAAUUUCUAUUUUAUGGAUGACACCCUGUAACACAAUACAUAUAAUUAACAUGUUAAUAAGUGCAAUGAAAUAAAAUGUAACUCUGAGUCUCAAUGAAUGCCUUCUCUUUUUUUUUUUAAUUCACUGAAUAAAGCAUUAUCUGCAUUGCGGUCU